CACUAAGUAUUCUGAAGGGAUAGAACUGGGGUACAAGUGCACGAAGAAUAUUAAAAGACCCCCUUAAGUAAGAAUGUCUAUUCAUAGUAAUCUAUUGUUAAUGUUAGCCAAUGAAAACCACGGAUAGAUAUUUAUUGAUUUCGUUGACUGACUACGUAGAGCACAUGUAUGAAGGAAGCCUGCAGACGCGUGGUAUAUAUAAACCGGGAUUUCGAUACAGACAUCAUUCACAACAGUAAACGUCGAAGAAGCACAUAGUCAUAAAUGAACAAAAUGGGCAGCCCAAUUAGAAUGUACGAUGCCUAUGUGAUAGCAGAUGACACCGAGGAAGAUCGACUAUUCCUGGAAAAAAUGACGGAUAAUCUGGAGUCGUCCAAACACAACCUUCGUCUUCACAUCAGAUCACGUGAUGGAGAUGUCGAACUAGACCACCAAAAGGAAUCCGAAAUUAUCAUGAAUGGGUGUGAGAAAAUAAUUGUUGUUCUGUCUAAGAACUUCACACAGAAUGAUGAAGCAAUGUAUCUUCUAAAGGUGGCUGUUUCAAGAGCUCCAGGUUGCCAAAUGAGACUUAUAAUCCCUAUUAUCCGUGAGGAAUGUAUCGCUCCCAGUUGUAUUCGAUUUUUGACAGCGAAUGAUUAUACCAAGAUGGAUCUGAGACCGUGGUUCUGGCCACGGGUGGCCAUCUGCUUCAAGAAACAAAGACAGCCAUUUGCGUCAAUUUCACGACAAAAGCUCCCGGAUGUCGUCUGCUUACCGGAUGUAAUUCUGGAUUCUUUUUCUCCUGGAAAAGAUUUAAAUUGGAGGAAUAUUUGAAUCAUUAAAACCAUGUGAUGUACAAUUGGUCUAUGAAUGAGUGAAUUUUAUUUAUUAUUAUUUUUGUUGUUGAAAUAUUUACAUUUGCCUUCUAGUCAGUAAUCCAGUGUUCACCAAAGCUUUAUCGCUGUCACAAUACAUGUAGCGAAUAGAAGGUUGGUUGUAUCAAGUCGCAGGUUGUGAUAACUUUUAUUUUAUUUUAUUAGAGAUUAUACCCAUUGUCUUUCAAUAUAUGUAACAAAUGCUGUAUCUGAUGAUCUAGCCAUUUUAUGCAUUAUUCGCAAUAUCAGCAUACCAUUUUUAUUGAAUACUUUGCCAUUUGCAUCAGCAACAUGCGAACUAUUGUUUUCGUGCAUCAUCUUUUAAAGAAGCUCCCUCGACAUUUUUGUACCUAGUUUUAUACACAAUUGAUUAUGGAUAACCUAUCGUAAAGGAAAAUAAAUUAAUUAUCAAUACGUAAGAGUUUCUAAGAUUUGUCAUCUUCAUAUAAAAUCUACGAUGUGAAA